CGAUUCUAUCUGAAUAAGGUUUUACAGGGAAAACGCAAAGUUAAAACUGCAGCAUUGUACAUGCAUAGUGCCAUGCAGUAGAAUCUGUGUUUAGAUAUUUUUAUGAAGAAGUGUUGGCGUUAACAAUAGCAUUAUGUUGCAAACACCAGCCACUUCAGACUUGAAUCAAGAUAUCGUAAAAUAUCAAUCUUACCUGACAAUACUGAACAGCCCGAGCACUCCGGAUGAAAACAAAUUGAAAGCAGCUCAAGAAAUCAGUGAAAGAUUUGAGGAUCUUGCUCAGUCUCCCAAAUACUCUGAAUUCCUUUCUAAAUGUGUGAUCAACUUCAUCAAACUACUCCAAGAUGGAGAACCGCAGUUUAUUUCAGAAAACCCAAGUCAGCAACUGCGCAAGUUAGUUCUUGAUAUUUUGCACCGAAUACCAACAAAUGAUCAUCUGCGUCCUCAUGUUAAAAAUAUUCUCAAUCUCUGCUUUCAACUGCUUGAGGUGGACAAUGAAGAAAAUGUUCAAGUUUGCAUCAAGAUUAUAAUCGAGCUACAUAAGCAGUUUCGACCACAAAUUGCUCCAGAGAUUCAGAACUUUUUAUCCUUGGUAAAAAGAAUCUAUGGAGACCUACCACAAAACAUGAUCUGGUUAUUUGAAAACCCGACCAUACGAGAAGGAGGUCUACCUGAUCCACAACGUAUUGGAACAGUGACACAAGUUACUUUUCGAGCAGGAAUACCCGGUAACCCGAGUCCUGGGGGGAAAACUGUUACUACGGUGAUUCCAAAAGCAUUGAACUCGAUGAAAGUUUUGCAAGAAAUUCCAAUCACUGUCGUUUUAAUGUACCAGUUAUACAAGCAAGCCACACAGAAUGUAGUGGCAGAGUUCAUACCUCUUAUAAUGAAGACCCUGCUACUACAACCUUCACAAGCAGCAAGAGUUUCCUCCACUUUCAAUCAUGAACUGUUUGUUGACUUUACAGCAGCUCAAGUUAAAACUCUCUCGUUUGUUGCUUUUUUUGUCAGACUUUAUCAGGAAAACAUCAAACAAUAUUCAAAUGAGAUGGUGCAAGCAAUGCUUCAGUUGCUAACCAACUGCACACCCGAGGUGGCUUCCUUGCGCAAGGAGUUGCUUAUUGCUGUGCGACAUAUUCUUGCCACUGACCUCAAAACAAGGUUUGUGCCUCAUAUGGAUCGACUUCUUAAUGAAGAUAUAUUAAUUGGCACUGGUUGGUCAGCAAGGGAAACAUUACGAACACUUGCAUACAGCACGUUAGCUGAUCUCACUCAUCAUGUAAGAGGACAACUCUCACUUGCUCAGCUUUCAUCUGCUGUACACUUGUUUGCGAAGAACGUCCAUGAUGAUUCUUUACCCAGCUCGUUUCAAACUAUUUCGUGCAAACUUUUGUUGCAUUUGGUGGAAGGUAUAACCAAGAAAAGUGAAAGCGAAAAACUCCCGCAACAAGGGCGGGAAAACUUGAUGAGAAUGCUGGAGGUGUUUGUGUUAAAGUUCCGCAUGAUCACCAAGCAUGUUUUACCCACCCUGUUCUCCAAAUGCAAACAAGUUGAAUCUUCAACUGCAAGCAAUGGAUCUGCAUCAGCUAGUGGCCAGACUGAUUCAACAACCACCAACGCAAGCGCUUCUGCCGCACCAUUUUCCCUCAGUGCUCAGGCGUCAACCAGCGCAGCGGUCACAUCAAGUUCACAACUCCCAAGCAGUAAAUCUCCAGAACUUGACAAAGAACUUAAACCAGAUGACAGCAAAACUCCUGGGGUCGUAUCAGUAGCAGACUGCCGCAGCCUCGUGAAAACUUUAGUUUGUGGGGUUAAGACCAUCACUUGGGGUGCUGGGUCGUGCAAAGCUGGAAAAGAUACGGCCAGUACAUCUGGGUUGGGAAUAUCAGCUUCAAAUAAACAGUUCUUGCCAGAAGAAACGGAGCUGUUUGUUAAACUGGUCAGAUAUGCUUUGAAAGCACUUGAUAUAUACCAGAUUAACGUUGCAUCAAAUGGUCAAAUGAGCGUUCGUCCGUCAAACUGCCCGACGAUGCGCAUGAAGGAAGAGAAAGAAGUUUUGGAACAUUUUGCCGGGGUCUUCACCAUGAUGAACCCUCUUACUUUCAGAGAAAUAUUUUCUGCCACUAUCACAUAUGUGGUUGAUAGGAUUCACAACAACUAUGCACUGCAGAUUGUGGCGAACUCCUUCCUUGCGAGUCCCCACACCUCGGCUACAUUUGCUACAAUUCUUGUCGAGUUUUUACUGGAGCGUCUUGAAGACAUGGGGAAACCUGGUGAACAAUCUAAUCUCUAUCUCAAGUUAUUUAAGCUUGUCUUUGGAUCUGUGUCUUUAUUUGCGAACGAGAAUGAACAGAUGUUGAAACCUCAUCUUCACACAAUUGUAACAAAGUCAAUGGCUCUCGCAAACACCGCGCAUGACCCGUACAACUACUUCCUUCUGCUGCGUGCACUGUUCAGGUCCAUAGGUGGUGGAAGCCAUGAUUCACUCUACAGAGAAUUCCUACCUCUGCUGCCCAACUUACUACAAGGUUUAAACAGCUUACAAAGUGGAUUACAUAAACAACACAUGAAGGACUUGUUCGUUGAAUUGUGCUUGACAGUGCCUGUGAGGUUAAGCUCCUUGCUUCCAUACCUCCCUAUGUUGAUGGAUCCUCUUGUUUCUGCCCUAAAUGGUUCACAAACACUAAUAACACAGGGCUUGAGAACACUGGAGUUGUGUGUGGAUAAUCUUCAACCAGACUUUCUAUAUGAUCACAUUCAGCCUGUACGAGCCGAACUGAUGCAAGCGCUGUGGAGGACCCUUCGUAAUCCUUCGGAUGACAUCGCUCAUGUUGCGUUCAGAGUCCUCGGGAAGUUCGGAGGAUCGAACCGGAAGAUGUUGAAAGAAGCUCAGAGACUCGCUUUUGAUGAUUCAGGAUCUAUAGGUCCGUGUGUGAAACUUAGAUUCGUCGAUUGUAAGGGAGAGGUUCCAUUACCGGUGAAGGAUAUAAUAGGAAGUGCAUUAAAAUGUCUUAAAAGUCCAAACACUGAACAUUACUACAGAAGGCAGUCGUUUGAAGUUAUCAAGUGUUUCUUGAUCGGAAUGAUGAAUAACGGCGACAGCAGUGACAACUUCUCCCACCUCAUUCGCCACUCAAGUUUCACCAAAGAUGAGUUCACACGAAUGCCCGCUUCGGCUUUGUACAAAUGUCAAGACUCGGUUACAAGAAACGCGUUCAAGCAAGCCCUCACCGGCGCAUUCAUGUGUGCGGUGAUUAAGGAUCUACGGAAGUUAGCUCUGCCAUUUGUUGCUCACAUAGUAAGGCAUUAUACAUUGGUGGCGAUCGCACAACAAGCUGGACCUUUCCCUAUCACCACUCGACAGAAUAAAAGACGUUUAUUCGGAUACAAUGGCGAAAGAGGAGGCAUGCAAGCAGGUAUGGAUCCCCUUGUGUUGGUCGAUGCAAUUGCUGAGUGCAUGGCUUAUGAGGAGAAGGAAUUAUGUAAGAUCGGGAACAUUGCUAUUCUUCUUAUGGUCAAAGUUGGAAAAACUGUUCUUGGGUCUUGUGAGAGGUCGGCCAAUCUUCCCAUCUUUUCCUAUGUGGUGGAACGUAUGUGUGCUUGCUGUUACGAUCGAGCAUGGUAUGCUAAAUAUGGCGGUUGUUGCGCCAUACAAUAUCUUAUGCAGCAGAUGCCAAUAAAAUGGAUAUUGGAACAACAAUAUGUCUUUUUACGAGCCCUUCUCUUUGUGAUGAUGGAUCUUACGAAUGAAGUCUCAAGUGGAGCUGUUGAUUUAGCUAAAGAUAUUCUUAAGGAGUUGUUAAUUAAAUGUGCCACCCCACUAACUGGGGAGUUGGCGGAAGACCAAGAUGCGUUACGACUCCAACAAACUUCAUUCAAUCGAGUCAUGCAUGAGUUGGUGAGAGAAGUAACCUCUCCGAACAAACUCGUCAGAGAACAAGCUGUCAGUUCUCUCCAAAUAUUAGCUGAAACCUCCGGCCAUUCAAGUGUAACGGACAUCAUGUCACCUCACCGCGACGUACUUUCCGACAUGAUACCACCGCGCAAACAUUUGCUACGACACCAGCCAGUCAACACACAGAUUGGUUUGAUGGACGGAAAUACUUUCUGCAAUUCUCUUCGACCACGUUUGUUCACAUUAGACUUAUCAGUCAAGGAGCACAAAGUUUUCUUUACCGAGCUGUUUCAUAUUUGCGAGGCAGAUGACGCGGCACUAAAGAAGCUGGCUUGCUAUAAAAAUGUGGCAAGCCUUAUCCCGUUGAGAAUGAGUGCUAUGAAAGCUUUGUCUGUUCUUUACUACAUACCACAGGUGAAAGAGAAAAUUAUCAACGUUUUGUUUAAACAACUUGGAUCUGAAAGUAAAGAAUUGAUGACGACUGCGGAAGAAUGUAUACGCCAGUUUCUCAAAGGGACAGAAUCGGAUGGAAAACUGAUCGAGACUGAUGUUAUACACAAUGCAAUGCGUCCUACUUUGUUGAAGAUGGGAGAUUACAGAAAUCUUACCCUUACUGUAGUCCACCACUUGGCGGCACUGUCAAGGCUCUUUCCGAACACAUUCAACGAAAAGUUGUGUGAGCAAUUAUUCGCGCACCUUACUAAGUGGUUGGACACUGCGUUACUUAAACAAGCUUCUACACAAACUACAACUCCAGCUACAACUAAUGGUCAGGACCCUAAAACGGAUGUGACCAAGGAGUUAGAGCUCUGUGCUGCCAUCUUGGAAAUAUUCCAUCUUAUUCCAUUGGCCCCACAGGCAUUGUUGGAACCUCUGAUUGUGUUGGUCGUAAAAACCGAAGCGGGGUUAAUGUUAGAAGUGGGAAGUCCCCUACGUACCCCACUUUUAUGCUUCCUGACCCGGCACGCAGACGCAGCUCUCAAUAUUUUCCUGCUCGGAGCAGCUGAUCGACACUGGAAUAGAUUAUUGAUCUCCUUCCUCAAAAGAAGCGAUAAAAACGGUGAAAUUUUACGAGAACAUCUUGAAAAAAAGGCACAGAAAAUACUUAGUCUUUGUUUCGCUGCAAGUCCUGACACAGGUGCCAUGACCAGCCAGAUGGCAGACUUGCAAUAUUUUGGAAUACUGGUUAUAUGGAUUUUAUCAAAGCAUAACCCACAAUUUCUGAGUUUAAACAUGCCCGUUGUGAACAAGCUGCAUGAGAUCUGGAUUCGACCGGAAUUUCACAAGAAACAUGAAAAAGAAACAAGCCUUAACUGCCAUUUUGAUGAAGCACGCCUGUUGUGUAAAUGUCUGUUACGAUAUGCCUCGAAAAAUCCGUCAGAUGUCGGACUUCAGUUUCAACUACUACGAGCUUUUUCCACACGGACCCUCACUGACUUUCAAUUCCUAAAAUCCUGGUUUGAAGAACAUGUGCCUAACAACUACAGCAUGCUGCAGAAACGAAUGAUAUUCUUCAAAUUUGUUGAACUGUACCAUGAACCAUCGUUUCCUUCUGAUUUAAAAGCUCUUGCCAUCCAACACAUUGUGAUCCCUGUGUUCCGACAUGCGUUUGAUAACAACGAGAGCGAACAGUUAAUUGGAGGGCCCCCCAACCCUGAAGUGGACAACCCAAAUGAUUGCAUCAGUGUGUUCAUAAACAGAGUAAUUGAUCCUGACAAACCUUACGCUGCUCCGGAUGCGGUUCAGAUCCAACUUCUUCGAUUCCUCUCCCUCCUCGUGGAUCGCGCCUCUCCCUACAUCCAUGAUCCUUCCAACAAGAGCCACGGGGACAAACUCCGUCGGAUCAUGACGUUCGCGUGGCCGUGUCUCCUCCCACGAAACUGUGUCGAUCCUGCAAGCAAAUAUCACGGCCAUCUUCUGCUCUCGCACAUCAUCGGGAGCUUUGGAAUCAGGAAGAGGAUCGUCCUCCAGACUUUUUACUCUCUUCUCAAGGCGCAUGCAGUUGAAGCUCGAACAGUUGUCCGUCAAGCACUUGACGUUCUGACUCCAGCCAUGCCAGCCCGGAUGGAAGAUGGCAACCAAAUGUUGACUCACUGGACGCGGAAGAUCAUCGUGGAGGAGGGACACACUCUCGCACAACUGAUGCACGUUUUGCUCCUCAUCGUAAGGCAUCACAGGGUCUAUUACCCUGUCAAUAGUGGUUUAGUACAGCAGAUGAUUGCUUCAAUGCAAAGAUUGGGUUUUGCUCCAAACACAAACAUGGAACAAAGAAGGUUGGCUGUAGACGUUGCAGAAGUUUUGAUAAAAUGGGAAAUACGUCGAAUAUCUGAAGAACAAGAAGCCAAUGAAGCCAAAGGAUUAAUUCGACCUGUAGCAGCCCUCUCGAUAAAGAUGGAUCCGGUUCCGUCAUCAACUCAUCGUGUGGUAGGAUUGGAUAAAAAACAUUCCGACACAGUGGUCAACUUUCUACUCAGAAUGACUUGCCAGGUGAAUGAAUCCUCUGGUGGCUCUGCUGAAAUAUUAUCCCGGAGAUGUGUGGUUCUAUUAAGAAGUGCAUUAAGGGCAGAUGUUUGGCCGAAAAGUGACUUACACUUGCUAUGGGUGGAUAAACUACUUCUCAGUGUUGACCCUGCACAGCAAGGAAACACUGGUAGCAUAUGCACCGGUCUUGAACUGAUAAACCUGAUUCUAUCAUUGAUUCCUAAAGAUUCGGUCAUCUCUACAGUCAAACCUCUGCAAAAGGGAAUAGCUGCGUGUAUGACCUGUUCAAAUGUGAAGGUCAUUCGGUCCGUGCAAAGCUUAUUGGUUCGUUUGUUUUCACUUUUCCCGCCCACUGCUCCACCAGCCAAUCACGAUCCAAUGUUGGGUCAGGUGAUCGUUCCAAAAGUUGAGUUGAGUUUGGCUGAAAGAGAUUUGGAGGUUUUGUUUUCAGCCAUGGAAAACACUGUACUGGAGGGCCUUAAUGAGUUUGAAAAAGCAGGAACAACAUCAACUGGUUUAUUUUCUACUCUCAUGAUUUUGAAGGCAGCUUGUACACACACACCUGCAUAUAUUGACCACUUGCUUGCUACUUUUGUCAGAGUAUUUCAAAAGCUUGUGAAGGAACAUCUGCAAUCUCCACCGCAAUCUGGACAAACUGGUUCAGAAGUUAGCCCAUUCAUUAGCGAGUUGAUAGUUGUGUGCCUGGACCUCGCAAAGUGCAGAGUGGUCAGUAUGGCUGCCGAUACCCGGCGCUCACUCAUGCACGGCGUGUUUUCGCAAAUCAUUGAACGCUCCACUGACCCCAAACUCAUCAAAGCGGUCAUCCGUAUCAUGGACGAGUGGCUUAAGGCUCGUGCAUCCGGAGAUGCCAGCCAAGCUCCUACAUUGCGUGAAAUCUCUCCUCUGCUCCUUAAGUUAAUGAACAUUGACAAACGUUUCACAUCCGAACAUUUAGAUAUACACACUGGGUUCCUGGAUCUUGUCAACUAUGUAUACAGAGAUGAAUCUUUAAGUGGUAGUGAACUUACCAGCAAACUGGAGCCAGCGUUUCUCUCUGGUCUACGCUGUACAAACCCCACAACAAGAAGAUCUUAUUUCGAAGUUUUUGACAACAGCAUACCACAAAACCUGUAUGAUCGUCUGCUUUAUAUGAUUUGCUCACAGAAUUGGGAAGCCAUGGGAACUCACUACUGGAUCAAGCAAUGCAUUGAGAUGAUUUUUGCCGUGUGUGAUCGUACCAGCACUGUCAUGGCAAAAGGGAGUCCUUACCUUUUACCUUCCAUCACACAUGUCAUCACACUGGCUGAUCCUGCGGACCGAGAUGCUUUUAACGCCCUCGCAAAAGUUAAAACGGAGCCAAUGGACAUUGACGUGUAUGCAAAGGAAGAAGAGGUUGAGAGCAUGAUGGAGACAAGCGAGGAUGAUUCUCGAACAAAAACUUCGAAUCUAACAUCCUCAAAGACUCCAUCUUCCGUCACAACAGUUGAAGAUCGAAGCCAGCAGCUAAACACAUUGAUAACAAGGCACUGUAAGUUUCUUGAGUCGCUGUCGGAAGCAAAAUCGUCUUCCUUUCUUUUAGCUGCCGCUCAAUUAUGUCAUAACGACACUCAACUCUCUCACGCUAUCUGGUGUCGCUUAUUUCCCAAGAUUUGGUCGACUUUUACCAACAGACAACAAUCGAGACUCAGUGGAGAAUUAAGUGCAUUUGUGUGCAGUGGUGCGCAUCUUAUACAGAAAGACUGUCAACCAUCAGCAGUUCACACCAUUGUGGAAGCACUGACGAGCUGUGUGCCGGUUAUUCCUUUAAAACCACCUGUUAUCAAAUAUCUUGGAAAAACCCACAACUUAUGGUUCCGAUGUUCUUUGGUGCUUGAGCGUUUGUCGUCCGAAUGUGGCGCUGACACGAUUAAACCAAAAACAAUCACUGCAGCGGGGUUUGAACCUGAACCCAUCAACACAAGACAGCAAGAGGUUUUGGAUGCUUUGUGUGAUCUGUACUCUCUGCUUAGAGAGGAAGAUAUGUGGACGGGAUUGUGGCAGAAACGAUGCAGUUUCCCUGACACAGCAAAAGCAAUGGCAUACGAACAACAGGGUUUUUUUGAGCAGGCUCAGGCCACAUACGAAAGCUUAAUGUCACAAGCUCGUGAAGAACACAACAAGGCUCCCGCUCCAUACAGCUCAGUUGCUGAGUACAAAGUAUGGGAGGAGCACUGGAUUCGAUGUUGCCAGGAACUAAACCAGUGGGAGGUAUUGAAUGAAUAUGGAAGCUGCAAAAGUGUCUGCAAUCCUCACUUAGUUGUUGAAUGCGCGUGGAGGUUACCUGAUUGGAACAACAUGAAAGAUGCCCUUGUACAAGUAGAGCUUUCUUACCCAAAAGAAAUGGCUUGGAAAGUGAAUAUGUAUCGCGGGUUCCUUGCUAUUUGCCAUCCCGAAGAACACCAACUGAAUCUCAUUGAAAGAAUGGUUGACUUGGCCAGCUCUCAAGCUAUCAAAGAAUGGAAAAGGAUUCCACGCAUUGUGUCUCACAUCCACACACCACUGUUACAAGCUGCACAACAAAUUAUUGAGUUACAAGAAGCCGCUCAGGUCCAUCAAAGUUUGCAACCAAACAACAUUGGCCGAAGUAACUCCCUCCAUGAUAUGAAGGCAAUAGUUAAGACUUGGAGGAACAGACUUCCAAUGACCUCUGAUGACCUUUCGCACUGGAGUGAUAUCUUCACAUGGAGACACCAUCACUACCAGGCAAUAGUCCAAGCAUAUGAUACCGCAUCUGCCAGCCAGCAAGAUCCAAACUCCACCCAUGCAAUGUUGGGCGUGCAUGCUUCUGCAUCUGCUAUCAUUCAUUAUGGGAAGGUGGCAAGAAAACAUGGUCAGAUAAAUUCUGCCCUUGAUUCUCUAUCUCGUAUUCAUUCUAUACCAUCUGUUCCUAUCGUGGAUUGCUUCCAAAAGAUACGUCAGCAAGUGAAAUGUUAUUUGCAAAUGGCUGCAGUGAUGGGAAAGAAUGAAUGUAUGCAGGGUUUGGAGGUAAUUGAAUCAACCAACUUGAAAUAUUUCACUCAUGAAAUGACUGCAGAGUUUUACGCCUUAAAAGGAAUGUUCCUGGCUCAGAUUGGGAAGUCUGAUGAAGCCAACAAAGCUUUUUCUGCAGCUGUUCAAAUGCAUGACGUCCUAGUUAAAGCAUGGGCAUUAUGGGGGGAUUAUCUGGAGUCUGUGUUUUUGAAGCAAAAUGGAAGCCCACCAAGUUCGGUAGAGCAAGCUGGCGUGUCAGCCAUUACAUGCUAUCUACACGCUUGUCGCCAUCAAAACGAACACAAAUCAAGGAAAUAUUUGGCCAAAGUUAUUUGGUUGCUAAGUUAUGACGACGAACAAUGUACUUUGGCUGAUGCAGUCGAUAAGUACUCAGUUGGUGUGCCUUCUAUCCAAUGGUUAGCAUGGGUGCCUCAGAUACUCACUUGCUUAGUGUGUGGACAUGGGGCCAAGAUACUUAACUUACUGAGUCAUGUUGCAAGGGUGUAUCCUCAAGCUGUAUACUUCCCUAUAAGGACACUUUAUCUCACAUUGAAGAUUGAACAAAGGGAAAGAUACAAAAGUGCAGAAGCAUUGGGUGGGGGGGAUAAAAAAGUCAAAUUAUCUACGGACUCUCAGGUUUCUGAAGGCUCUGACAGCCAAACUGAUCAGCCAGACCUAAAUGACCCCAAAUCCCAGUCCCUUGGUAGCAGUAGUGGCAGCCAAGCGUCAGGCGACAGCGGCCCAAUACGUGCUACACCCUCUAUGUGGAGAUGUAGUAGGAUCAUGCACAUGCAACGUGAUUUGCAUCCAACCCUCCUAUCUUCACUAGAAGGAAUAGUUGAUCAGAUGGUUUGGUUUAGAGAGAAUUGGCAUGAAGAGGUCCUUCGACAAUUGUGCCAGGGGUUGGCAAAAUGUUACACAGUUGCUUUUGAGAAUCGAGCUGCGGUUUCGCAAGCUCACAUCACCCCGCACACACUUAACUUUGUGAAGAAACUUGUAUCUACGUUUGGGGUGGGAAUUGAAAAUGUGGCCAACGUGACGCAAACGUUUUCAAGCGCUGCGUCAGAGUCCCUGGCUCGGCGUGUGCAGGCCACUGCACAAGAUCCAGUGUUCCAGAAAAUGAAGAAUCAAUUCACGACUGACUUCGAUUUUGACAUCCCUGGUUCAAUGAAGCUGCAUAACGUUAUACAGAAACUUAAAAAAUGGAUUCGAAUUCUUGAAGCUAAAACUAAGAUGAUGCCUAAGUCGUUCCUCAUUGAAGAGAAAUGUCGAUUUUUGAGCAACUUUUCAGCUAGCACCGCUGAAGUAGAAAUCCCUGGCGAGUUCUUGAUGCCGAAACACACACAUUAUUAUGUGAAGAUCGCGCGUUUCAUGCCACGCGUGCAUGUCGUGCAGAAACACAACACUGCCGCUCGACGGUUGUAUAUAAGAGGCCAUAAUGGGAAGGUGUAUCCUUAUUUGGUAAUGAACGAUGGAUGCCUGAUCGAAUCACGAAGGGAAGAAAGAGUCCUCCAGCUGCUCCGACUCCUUAAUCCUGGAUUGGAGAAAAGGAAGGAGACGGCGAAGAGACAACUCCUCUUCACAGUGCCUCGUGUGGUAGCUGUGUCUCCCCAGAUGAGGUUGGUUGAAGAUAAUCCGUCAUCGCUGUCGCUGCUGGACAUUUAUAAACUCAGAUGUGUGAAGAAGUCAGUGGAACAUGACUUGCCAAUUGGAAAAUAUUAUGAACGUCUUACAUCAGUUCAAGCAAGGGGGUUGCAGGUAUCGCAUCAUGUAUUACGUGACAUUUUACGAGACGUACAAACUGACAUGGUCCCACGAACCACACUGAAGGAAUGGGCAGUCAAUGCAUUCCCCGAUGCUACAGACUACUGGACCUUUAGGAAGAGUUUCUCAUUGCAUCUCGCUCUUCUCGGCUUUGCCGAGUUUGCUCUUCACCUCACGAGGUUGCGACCUGAGAUGAUGCAGAUUGCUCAGGACUCUGGUCAUCUUCAUGCAGCCUAUUUUAGGUUUGACAUGAUUGACAGCAGUGGUGAACUAAACACAAGCAGGGCAGUUCCGUUCCGUCUUACACCAAAUAUCGCCGAGUUUGUUUCCCCUGUAGGAGUGAACAGUGUUCUAACUGCUGCUAUGAUUGCUACAGCCAGGUGCUUCAUGCAACCUAAUUUCAAGGUAAAAGGUUUGUUCCGUGCCGUACUCCGUGAUGAAGUCAUAUCAUGGCACAAGAAACGUCAGGACGAAAACGGGGGGAAUUCCCAACCAACGACUACGUCAUCGUCUACCGUACCGCCACCGGACAUGGACAGCGAGCAGCUGGUGACGUUGGUCAACCGGGCAGUGACGUCAAUUAUGACACGUCUGGAAAGGUUAGCGCAGAUGGAUAGAGGAGAAUCUACAGUGGCUACACUGGUGGAGGAAGCUAGCUCAAGCCAGAACCUCUGCCGUAUGGAUCCAGCAUGGCAUCCGUGGUUAUAAAAACAAAGUAAGCUGCGUGGACACUGCACUUUGAGCGUGAACUCACAACUGCCACUUGAACCUUAUUUUACGCAGUAAAAAUUCACUGCGGCAUAAGAUACGUAAAUUUUCUAAAUUUCAGCUGCGGCGUGAUGUGUGGGAUUUUCCAAUGUAUUAUGUACGGAAUUUGAAAUAUGCCUGCGCUGUUUUAAUAUCGUGGUAUGAGUUGUAUUUUAAGCCAAGACACUUCAGUAACGUAUCAUUACUUGCAUAUACGUACGCCAAGAAUUUGUAACAUUUGUAACCGCUUUAAACGUGCCUGACAAUAUUGUGUCGUGCCACGACUGCGUACACUUGUGUUUUAUAAAGUAAUUCAAAAUGUGAA